UUUAUUUUCAAUCGUUUGCGGACAAUAAUUGUCGUUUUUUGCAAAUGUUUUUCAUAUUAAAAGAAUAAUUCGCAAAUUAAGUACAAAAUACGAGCUGCAGUAAAGCAAAUAAAUGGAAUAUUAGAUGACUCACCUUUUUCCAGUUUUCUAAAGGUUACAAAGUUCGUAAGAAGAGCAUUUGCGUGCCUUGUGCAAUAGAAAAGUUCAAACAAAAAGUUUAAAUGCACCAUACUUUGGUCUUGUAUGUGGUGUAACAAUUUAAUUGGAUUUAAAUUGGUUAAUAAAUUAAAAUGAUACUUGUUUAUACACAAACAUUAAUAUUGUUAAUAUGGGUAACUGCGACCAGGGCGGAAGUAGGGGACGAUGAUCUCAACGAAGUAUCUGACCAAGUUUAUGCAGUGAAAAUAAAUAAAUGUUGCGAACUUAACCAAAUCAUGGUCGACUCUGUUUGCAGAUUAGUGGAACUGUAUAACCAAAGUGUGUGGGAGCCACAGUUUAAGACUGAAGAUGGUAAGGAUACAACAGUGAAACACUUUAACUAUGUGACUGGAAUACCAGACUGUGCAACGACACAACAGCGACCAAUAUUUGAUUUGGGAAAAUCUGAAGAUGAACUAAAUCUAUUAGAAGAUGGCCGUCUACAGCAUUUGAUACACCAUCAGCACAGUUCUGAUCACAUCAAGGAUGAUCCAUUCAUAACAAACACAUAUAGCAUCCAUGAGGCCAUAGCUAUUCCUGAAGUUAAGGAGCCAUCGUCUUAUAUUCAUGAUCAAGCUAAAUAUUGCAUGGAUAAGAUAUUUAUUACAAGCUCGAACAUAACAGGUCAAUAUGCAUUAGUGUGCAUCCCAGAAGUUAUCAUAAAUUGGAAAGAGACAAGUUUUCUGAUGAAGAAAAUACUGAAUCCACUUUUCCACGCCAUUGCUAUGGUAUUAUAUCUGCUGGUGGCCAUAAUAUACUUUGUGUUACCAACGCUACGUGAUUUGGCAGGGAAUAUAAUAACUACUAUUACUAUGUGCUUGAUAGUCAGUCAAGCUGCCGAUCUGGUUAGGAUAUUCACAGAAUUGAGCAAUCAUGUCAGUUUCAUGGUUACAGAUAUAAUUUUAUACAUAAGUCUUUUGGGAGCAUUCUUCUGGUUGAACAGUUUUGGAUUUUACAUCUGGAAGACAUUUAAUUUGUCUUGCAGGUCUAGAAAUGUCUUCUUGCGUGUAACAGAUGUGCGUAAAUACUGCUACUAUUCAAGUGUUGUUUGGUUCGCUGUUGGCGUGAUGGCCGCUAUGGCGAUAUGUGCACAUUUUCUACUGGACUCUGGCACAAAUCCUUACAAGAAGAUGAGGCUCUCUAACACGAUUAUACUAGAGGAUGUUGAACAAGAAACUAUAGGAUGGCUGGGGAUCGCUGUAUUUUUUACGCCUGUUGCGUUCACAAUAAUCUUCAAUCUUUUCUUUUAUGUCACAACACUUAAAGUUAUCAAACGUAUAAACAUAUAUGGACGGAUACACUACAAGCUUAAAGGAUGUUUCGACCUAUUCAUGCAGCUUUUCCUGAUAAUGACAACAGCAUGGUUGUUCCUUUUGCUAUCCUGGCUGAACUUCGAUGGACUCUUCUACGCACACAUAGUCGUAAAUCUAUUGCAAGCUAUCCUUAUCUUUUAUGUGUGCGUGGUCAGACAAUCGCAUGUCACUUUUUUGUUGAGAAAAAGUUGCUGUUACGCCGAGCCCAUACCAACUGGAGAGUGGGGUGAUGAAAUGACUCAUAUGAAUGGUGGAAAUUACUGAUUGGACUAUGGAAUUCUAAUAGUUGAGAUUUGCGAAUUGCACUACACAAUAUGGUUAGUACUACAUUUAAUUAACAUGCAGUAGGGGAAGGAACACAAUGGCUUAAUUCUAAAUCUAAUUGACACUUUUAAAAGAAGUUUUCAGAGUCCCAGAGGAAAACAAUAUCAUUAUUUUUAGAUCUGUCACUGUAGAUUAAAGAUUUGAUGCCUGAAUUAGCACUCAACUAUUAUACAAGUGGUUGAAAAGUAAUUGGUCAGAAGUAGAAAAACAGACUGAGUAAAUUUUUAUGUGUCAGACAACUUUUACUGCAGUAAUGCUCUUUUCUAGAAUUAUUGUUAUUACUAGAAUCUCGAAUUAUAAUAUUGACUUAUGACGAACUAUCUCUAUUGAUAGAGACUAAUAUGUGGAUGUAUUAUGUAGUGCCUUAUAAAAGACAACGUUAAUCGUUAACUGCUUAAAAGCGCAAAAUUUAUUGGUAUAAAAAUUGUUUGAAAAUCGAUAUUAAGUAGCACUUCUUCUGAACAAAAAGCACAAAUAUUUUAUUGAUAUAAAAAUUGUUGGAAAAUCGAUAUUAAGUAGCACCUCUUCUGAACAUGAUUACAAAAACAUUGUAAAAGUAAAAACUAUAUUGCCAUAUGAUACUCAUUAUAUUAUGAAUUUUAAAUCGCUUACUUGACGAGUUUUAUCAAUACUAAGCUGAGUUUAUCUGGCGCUAAAAUAACAUUAACUUUCACGAAUUUAGGGAUAGGUUUACGAUUUCGCACAUUUUAAUGAUACCAAAAAUAGCACUGUUAUGUAUAUAAAUUUGAUGUACUGUGAUUACAUAGUCAACCGUGCCUUAGAAUAAAUAAAACGAACAGUAUUGUGCAAAGCAAUACAUAGAUCGACGAAAAUAAUCGAUUUACGCGAUCCUAAUCGACCAUUUACUAAUAUUUACGGCUGACACAAGGUUUAUCUUGAUUAGAGAAAAAGUUAUUAUUCAGUUUGUCCAAUCUAAACUGAGUUAAUAGGUUUUUAAUAGAUGGUUUGGUGCUGGUUGCGUAGUAAGAUAUUUGUGUGCGCGACGCAGUGUGCUUUACUUUGGUCAGAUACGUUAUAAUAUCUAUGUAUGUGUGAAUUAUCACAUGAAGAUUUACACCCGUAUUCACAAACGUUGCUAUGAGGUCUCAUAGUGCGCUCGAACGCACAGUGUAGGUUCCACCAAUCAGAUGACUGUAUCACGUCAAUUUACAAUGAUCUGAUUGGUGGAACCUAUGCGUUCGAGCGCACUGUGAGACCUCAUAGUAAUGAUUAUGAAUACUGCCGUUCGAGCAUUUCCACGUGACAUUUUAAUUUAGACACAGCUAGUUGAAAGGCGUUGUUAAAAUAUGUGCUACAGAACAGAAGUGACUCAAUCGCAGCCCUUUCCCAUAAUACGGUUGCCAAUCUCAAUAAGGCAAACCAAGCAAUAGUGCCUACAUAACGGCAAGGGAGAAGGUUUUGAAGCGCAUUUUUGUAACAUAUUAUGUCAAAUGAGAGUCACUAAAUUCGUAUACACAGUCUUGCGCGCACAAAUUAAAGAAUUGCAAUGCUAGUUGCAGAGUUAUUAUUAACUUUAGAUUUGCGAACUAUGUACUGAUGUAUGUACAGUUAAUAUUUCUGAGUGGAAAUAUGUAACACUGCAAGAAUAUAUGAAAAUAAAAUUAGUACUUACCUAUGGUUUAAGAUUAUGUUUGUCUUAAAUUCCGAAUUAAUAUUGUUAAUUUAAAAUUAAAUAAUAAACGAAUUUGUAUAUUUAAUUCAGUUUUAGUUGGGCUCAUAAUUUAAUACUUAAUUAAAAUUAAUCUAAUUUUAAUUCCAUAUAAUUUGAGCUCAUUAAAGAUACUUAAUUAGUCUUACAUGAUUGGGCCAAAAUUAUUUCUAAGUUUGUUUACAGUAUUUUAAUUAGAUUUUAAGUUUUAUUUUAUAGAUCCUACUAUUAAACUUGUAUUAUUUCCCUAUGUUUAAGUAUAAAAAUGUGUAUUUUAACAAUUUCUUGUAUAUUUGGCAAGUUCACAAGAAAACCCCCACAAGGGUGAAAACACAAAAUAUGUAAGACUGUAUUUUUAAUCCCUAUGAUCUUACUGUCCGUCCCAAUGUUUACAAAUUAAAUUAAUUAUUAAAUUAAAAAAAUAGGAUCUACUGUGUGCAGCUAGAUACUAAUGUAAUCAAUUUUUACCUGAUUUUUUUGCUCUCUUGCACUAAUGUUUAACUUGAUCACUUUUACACUUCACUAAAAUAAUAUAAAUGUAGUCAUUUUUAUAUCAGUUAAAUAAAAGCGUGAUACAAU